GAAUUAUACACAAACAUGGAUCCCCUUAUGGAUAUCAUUAAUAAUUCUGAAGAGCCUGAAUGGCUCGAAAAAUCCGUGGUUGGCGAUCUGAGGCUCUGGCAAAUUAUGUUUUUAUGUGCAGCUAGUCUUGCCUCCCUAAUUGUGAUAGUGUGUUGCUGCUUCCGGUUCCGUAUUCCUCGUACAAAGCAACAGAUUGAAGCAGACUACCAAAGAAGAAAGAUUACCUCGAAGUUUCGCCAGAAAUUGGAAACUAUACAAGAUGCUGAAAUGGAUACUAUGUCUUUAAAAGAUGCUUUGGAUCUUCUACACGAGCAGACAAAUAUUCAAAUGGAGGAAGAAAAUCAGCAACGAUCACCGCCCAGUUCCAUGAUGUCGCCGCAACAGAGUUCUCUGGAUGCGUCGUUCCAGCCAGAGGGCGGCCAGAAGCCGGAGCCACAAGCGUCGGGGUUAAGCUUCGUGAAGUUCGCGUCCAAAGUGGCUACGCUCUCUAAACUGGGACAGCCUAAAUCACCAACAUCGCCCACACCAUCGGGAAACAAAAUGGACUUCUAAAUAUAAAGUUACCAGCUUAGCUGAAACAUAAUGUAGACCUCUGUUGUGUGUAAUGAUGUUUGGAACAAAAUAUUUAAUUUAUAUAGACAUUUAUGGAAAUAAAACAUAAUUUAAAAUGCA